GGCGGGGCGGGGGGGGUUCCGGCAUGGAGGACGCGAAGGAGCCGGUGAGAUGUUCGUCGUCGUCGUUCAGCAUCAAAAGCCUCCUGCUGCCGUCCAAGUGCGAGCCUCGCGCGGCGGCCGAGACGUCGCCCGAGCCCCCGGGAGGGGCGGCGAGGGAGGAGGGGGGCGCGGGGGAACCGGGGGAACCGGAGGGCGGCGGCGGCGGCUCGUCGUCGAAGACGGCCAAAUGCGACAAGCCUCCGUUCUCGUACAACGCGCUGAUCAUGAUGGCGAUCCGCCAGAGUCCCGAGAAGCGGCUGACGCUCAACGGCAUCUACGAGUUCAUCAUGAAGAACUUCCCGUUCUACCGGGAGCACAAGCAGGGCUGGCAGAACUCCAUCCGCCACAACCUGAGCCUCAACAAGUGCUUCGUGAAGGUGCCGCGCCACUACGACGACCCGGGCAAGGGCAACUACUGGAUGCUGGACCCCAGCAGCGACGACGUCUUCAUCGGCGGCACCACCGGCAAGCUGCGCCGGCGCUCGGCCACCUCCCGGGGCAAGCUGGCGGUCAAGCGCGGCUUGCGCUUCGCCCCGUUGGGCCUGGCGGGCUGCGGCGGCGGCGGCGGCGGCGGCGGCGGCGGCGAGCGGCCGGCCAACCCGCUCUACUGGCAGCUGUCGCCCUUCCUGUCCCUGCACCAGCCGCACCGCGCGCACUUCGACGCCUCCUCGCCCGCCUUCCUCAACCAGGCGGCCGGCUACGGCGCGCUGCUCCCCGCCAACGGGGACCUGCACGCGGGCCGCUCCGUCCUGGCCAACUCGUACGGCGGCCCGCUCGGGGGUUACUUCGUCGCGGGGAGCCAAGCGCAGCAAGCGCAGCAGGCGCAGCACUUGCAGCAGUGCGCGGCCGGCUUCGGAGGGCUGGCGGGCGGCGGCGGCGGCGGCGGCAGUCCUCCCCCGCACGCGCUGCUCUCGGACUCGCUGAGGAGCGGCUCCGUGGCGGCCUUCUCGCCCUCGGGCUUCCCGGCCGUGCUGAGCCACCACAAGAGGGUCGCCCUCGCCCCCGACGCCUUCCUCAACUGAAGCGCGAACACUCGCCCUCGUUAUGUUGCGCAAAAAGGGACAAAGUUGUUGUUGCAACAACAACACGACACAAAAAGUAGAUUUAUAUAUCCACUUCUUUCUUAUUUAUGAGAAGCUUUUCUAUUUAUUGUAUUUUAAAAAUGUCUUUAUGCGUGUGUUGACCAUGAUGAUGAUGAUGAUGAUGACGACGACGACGGAGCAUUAUUUAUUAAUAUGACGAGCAGCAGACAAUCGAAAUUCAGAAUUUUGUGUCAAUAUUAAUAACAACAACAUUCUUAAAUAAGCCUUAAAUGUGCGAAGACAAUCAGGGUUUGAAACAAACUUCUUUUUUUUUUGAUUCUCAGGUUAACAUGCCUCAAAUCAAUAUUCAUGCUAAUUAUAAUCAUAAUAAAUAAUAACAACUCAUUCAUUUCACAGAUUUCUUCGUAAGUUGAAAACUUAACUCAUCAGGCGUGAAAAAAAUUAUGCAAAAGAAAAACGCUUUGUCGUAUGUGUUUGUUUUCUUGAAUACGCUGUGUGUGCGUGUGUGUGUGUGUGUGCGCGUGCAUGUUCACUGAUGGCAGCUGAACUAAAAAAGAAAGAAAUAUAUAAAUGAUUAUUUACUCUUCUUAACUUUCAUCACUGGCUAUUUUUCACACACACACACACGCGCGGGCGCGCGUGGCCCUGUUGCCAUGGAAACGCCACCGGGUUGCGCCCGUUCGAGUUGAUUUUUGGAAUCGUUGAUUUGUGUUCAAUGAGUUCGUUUUCAAACGUGCACCGGCAGGAAGUUUCCGCUUUUGUUUGUUUGCUUGUUUGUCCACUCGAACUACUGCUAAAGUUGCUUUGACCUUUUCAAAAUGGUUGCUUGGUUGGUUUGUUUGUUUGUUUGUUUGUUUUCCUACCAGGUGCAAAAAGAGGCGUUCUCGUUCUCCGAUGUUAUUUGCUCUCAAAAUGUUUGUCGUCCGUUUGCGCUGCAAGUUUUGGAGAGACGAAAAUCCCAAAUCCGCCCAAAUGUUUUCGUUGGACUUGAACUGAUCAAAUGCACUUUUUUUUGUUUGGUUUUGGUUGCAUUUUUGCCCCUCUUGCAAAUGUUGAAAGUUUUGAGGGCCUCUUCUGUCAAAAGUGACCCAUUGGAACUUUGGAGCUGAAAACAAUCUCAAAGCCUUUUUUGUUGUUGUUGUUACUUUUAUUCUUUUCUUUUUUCUUUUGUGAUUAGUUGACUUUGUGUGUGUGUGAUGCUUUUUCUUCAUGUCUGUUUGUUUUGUUUUCUUUUCUUUUUGUUCUCCGGACAAAAAUAAACUUGAUGAAAAAGGAACAAAUGCAA